CUAGCGGUACUUUCGGACUAUACGUAGCGAUGCAGCACAUGCCGUUGUCAGAGUUAAGUUAUCACCUUACGCGGGAUCCGCUAUCAUACAGAACAGACUUUGAGGAGCAACUCGAAAACUUUAGCACACUAAGGCAGUCAUUUUCUUCUGCCCCUUCUCAAUAUAUAAGUAGACUAGAGGAACUUUUGUCAUUCUUAUCUCAAGUUGUAAGGUAUUAUCCUGAGCAUGUUUCAGAGUUUACUACCAGUGUUAUUCAAAUACUGUUGUCGCGAUCAUUUGGUAUGCACCCUGAAAUGCGUAUGGCUUUUUUAAGAGCAUUCAUGAGACUUCGAACUAAAAACUUGAUUCCAGCCACACAAGCAGUUGAUAUCGCAUUUAAGUUGUAUAGAUGUCGAGAUAAACAAGUUCGAAAAACAUUACGUCACUUCCUCGUAAGUGACAUAAAACGAAUGAAUAAAUGUCAAAAGCAGACAAAAGCUAAUUCCGUCAUAUUGUCGUUUCUUUCGAAGAUGAUCAAAGAUAACAGUUCAACUGUUGCUCGUGAAGCUGUCCUAAUUUUACUGUGCUUGUUCAAGAAAAAUGUGUGGAAUGAUGCGCGGACUGCCAACGUCAUUGCGGACUCGUGUCUUAUAUGCAACAAGAAAGUUUAUGUUCCUGCUAUUCAAUUUUUCUUGGGAAAGUCAAAGGCCCUUGACGAGAUGGAAACAAGCAGUGACUCAGAAUCAGAUGAUGAAGAAACCAAAAUAAAACAAUUACGCUUGGGACAUCGGGUUGGUGUUAAAACAAAAAAUCGACAAAAACGUCUUGAACGGUCAAUAAAACAUGUAAAUAGAGAAAAAGAACGUAAAAUGAGAAAGCGUACAGAAUUGACUAAUUUCCAUGCUUUAAAUAUGCUACAUGAUCCACAAACAUUUGCUGAAAAACUUUUCCGAAAAUUGGAACGAUGCUCAGAUCGCUUUGAAAUUCGUCUCUUAAUUCUCGAUCUGAUAAGCAGAUUGAUUGGAUUAAAUAAAUUAGUUCUUCUUAAUUUUUACCCAUUUAUUCAGCGUUUUUUACGUCCACAACAAAGAGAUGUGACUCAUUUAUUACUGUUCUCAGCACAGGCUAGUCAUGAUCAAGUUCCACCUGAUGUCAUGGAACCCUUAAUACGAGUAAUUGCUGAUAAUUUUAUUACGGAACGUGCGUCAUCUGAAGCAAUAGCGAUUGGAUUAAACUCAGUACGUGAGAUAUGUUUACGUUGUCCUUAUGCAGUCACGAAAGAUUUACUAUCUGAUUUAAUUCAGUAUCGAUCAUAUCGAAAUAAAAAUGUGGUCGCUGCAGCACGAUCAAUUAUACGCCUUUAUCGACAAAUAAAUCCUGAAUUAUUACCACGUAAAGAAUGCGGACGUCUAACAGAAUCACAAUUAGACGUAUUAAAAUAUGAUAUACCUCAAAAUGUUGCAAUUAAUUAUGGUCAAUGUACUACAUCUUCAACUAUUCCUGGAGCUGAAAUAGUUGUUCUGGCUUCAGAGAAAUUGAAUGGUAAAAAGAAAGAAUCCUCUGAAAAAUCUAAUAAAAGUUUGGAUGAUUCAGAGAAAUGCUUAAAUAAUGAAGAAAAUGAUUCAUGGGAAUCGUGUUCUGAGGUUCAAGAGUCCGAGGAUAAAACAUGUCAUGACAGUCAAACAGAUGAAUCAGAUGAUGAAUGGGUAAAUUUACCGAAUUCCUCAGAAGAAGAUGAUGAACAAGAUAAUGUUGACAUGGAAAUAGAUGAAUCUAAUAUGAAUGUCUCUUCAAAGAAAACUAAAAUAGAUCCAAGUGUUUUGAAAGAAAAAGCUUUAGAGAUAGCAUCAUCACGUAUAUUUACUCAAGAGGAAUUUGAAGCAAUGCGUAAAUAUCAACAAACAAAACAGAAACGUUUUGCAUCCUACAGUUCUUUACGAAAUAAAGAUAAAAUCGAUAAUUCUGAUUCAUAUUUUAUUGUGGAUACUGAUGAUGAAGAUGGUGAAAACACUGGUGUUGGUAUUCAAAAUAAAGAUGGUAGUUUAGGAAAUCUUGUUAGUAUGAGUGCAAUUACACGUCUAGUAAAACGUCCACAUCAAACAAAAGCUGAUCGAAUGGAAUCCAUUGAAGAAGGUCGAAUUGGACGAGAAAAAUAUGGUUUCAAGGUGAAUCGAUUAAAUGCAUAUGCCAGUACAACAAAUCGUGAAAAAUUAAAAAAUAAAACAUUUCAAAUGAUUAAACAUAAAAUUCGAGGUAAAGCAAAACGUAGUUUUCAACAAAAACAAAUUGCAUUAAGAGAUCAUUUAAAGAAGUUAAUGAAACGUUCACGAUAAUCAAAAAGAAGAAAAGAAGAAAGAAACAAACACAACAACUCAUUCUCUCUUGUAUAGUAAAUCAAUUAAUUUAUAUUCUUUUAAUAAAGAAAAGUAAUAUAUAUUUCAAUUGAGUUUUUAUUUGUCAAUUUUAUAUGUGUUUAAAUUUACUCACUUACUUACGCCUGUUACUCCUCAUGGAGGAGCAUAAGUCAUGUACCAAUAUUCUCUAUCCAACCUUGUCCUGAGCACUCCUUUACAGUUCUUUCCGGUUGUGUUAUUCAUCCUUUUCAUAUUUGCUUACAAUUUUCGACGUAAUCUGUUCUUUGGCCUUUCACUUUUCCGUUUCCCUUCAUCAGUUGAGAUGGCUAGGACACGUGUUACGUAUGCCCAACGACCGACUACCUCGACGUGUGAUGUUCAUUGGUAUAGGAGUAUGUUGGAAGAAAGCUAGAGGCGGUCAGACCAAAACAUGGCACAAGUUCAUGAAGUCACUGACAAGUGGACUGAGUCAUGUUGGUAGGUGUAUACUACCUGGUUGGGGACCGCGAGAUGAUAGCAACCGAUGGUUAGAGACGUUGAAUGACAUGGCUGAAAAUCGUUUGCAAUGGUGUGCGCAGGUGCAUCCACUCUUUGUGUUCUCCCAAAUUCUAAUCUUCUGAAUUCUUCGUGUUCCUUUUUUUCUCUUUCUAAAUAUAUUUCAUUGUAUUAUACUCUUUGAAUAACAUCUUCAAACCCUAAUGUUUCCGAUUACUGCUUAUACUCUUACUACCUCUACCACUAUGGGAUUUGAAUCGACCACUGCAUCUCUGUGCUAAUGUGGUGUGGCAACUCGGACUGAUGUACGUACGUACGAAGUUCUACGUUGUUACUGACUAACUAACUUCCCUUCAGGAUUCCAAGUUAGGGCUUGCUUCGUGAUGCAGUUUGAUGAUUUGCAUAAUGUAUGUCUUAUCCAUUUCCAUCGUCUCUUCUUAAUUUUCUCUUCAACUGGAGGCUGGUUUGUUCUCUCCGACAGAAGGCUAUUACUGAUUGUAUUGGUAUCCGGUCAACGGAUAUUGAGUAUUUUACAUAGAAAACUAUUUAUAAAUACUUGUACCUUCUUGAUGAUGGUUGUAGUAGUUCUCCAAGUUUCAGCUCCGUACAGUAGAACUGUCUUGACGUUGGUAUUGAAGAUUGUGACUUUGAUAUUGGUUGACAGUUGUUUUGAGUUCCAUAUGUUUUUCAAUUGUAGGAGUGCUGCCAUUACUUUGCCAAUCCUUGCCUUUAUGUCUGUAUCAGAUCCUCCUUCUUCAUCGAUGAUGCUUCCCAGGUACGUGAAGGGUUCCACUCCUAGCAGACCUGUGUCAUCAAGUGUAAUUGUGUUAGUGCUCUCCGUAAUUAACCGGAAAGUAGAAAUCAUCGUUACACUCCUAACAGAACUAUCCAUUUAAGUUUGAUGAACCAGGGAGUAUUUCUAUCUUACAUAUACUCAGCACGUGAAUCUGUUGAUGAUUAAUUUAUCGGGUUACAUAAUAUAUAUUCGUUUGUUCUUUGAGCAUUUAAAAAUAAGUGUCGGAAUGCUGGUAAAACUGAAUGUUCUUAGUCAGUCAUGAAAGUUGAUAGAUUUAAAGUCAGGUUCACUUCGUAUAGUUUGCUAUAGGUGUAAAGUUUUAUAAUUCAGACUUCAAGUUUAUUGUAUCCAAUAAACUUCGGCUUCAGUAAGGACACCUGAUGAUCAAGUCAUAUGCACCGAAUAAUU